AGACGUGGUACGAUGUCGAAAUUUCUGCAUAAAAUGGAAGUGACCCUCUUAGCCUUCAUGCUAAUUUUAAUUAGAACAAAGGCACAAAGUGAUUCGACUUGCAUCUUCCAAAACUUGGCUUCAGGUUACACUUGCCAAUUAAUCAAUGGAAGCUACAUUAAUUUAGGUGAUGAAUAUUCAAUCCAAGGAAUGCAUCGUGAUGGAUUUUCAGAUGUGAACGUCACCGAAUUAUCGACUUCUUUAUUUCCGCCACCAAAUCAGCCAAAUUUGAAUUACAUUCCAGCAGAAAUAUUUCGAAGGUUCCCAAAUUUAAUGUCACUUCAACUAUGGAAUGCGAGUGUAGGAUCUUUGAUGGGAGUGGAAAAUUGCGAUAACUUAGAGUCAAUUGAUUUAUUAUUUAAUCCUAUGAGAGAACUUCCGCGUUUUGCUUUUGGAGCUUGUGGAAAUAUAAAACUUUUGGCAAUAGGCGAUAGUCCUAUUGAAAUAUUUCAUCCUGAAGCACUUAGAAUGUUGACAUCGUUGGAAUCUUUGACACUUGUACACACAAUGAUAACAAACAUACCACCUGGUGCCUUCGAUUCUUUAAAAGAACUUCAAACUCUCAAUUUGAAAUCAAAUGCUAUAUCAUCAAUUGACUCCGAACUAUUUAAGAUGUUGUCGAAGUUGGAAAAUAUAAAUUUAAGCGAAAAUUUUAUUGAUAACAUCAAUUCGAAGGCUUUUGAUAACUUGCAAGUAUUAAGAAAUUUAUGGCUUAAUAACAAUCAAAUAUCGCAAUUCGACCAACAAGCAUUCUACAAUUUGGAGUCUCUUGAAGUGUUGCAUCUGCACAAUAAUCGCAUUGCACGAUUAAGUUCAUCAUACGUCACACCAAUGCCAAGACUUCACACUUUGACAAUUGACAAUAAUCUGAUAUCAGCUAUUGAGAGAAACUUUUUCGAAAAUUUUCCAAACAUGGCAACACUUCUAAUCAACCACAAUAUUUGCGCAAAUACUAUCGAUGAACUUGAACAAUGUUUUCUGAAUUGGGAAGCUGAAAUUGGUACGACAACCCAGACAACAACCCAGACAACAACCGAAAUGACCACAACGGUUGAUACAACUCUUACAACGUCAACAUCAACUUCUACUGUUCAAACAACAACCGACGAUGGAAUAGGUGAAGGGAGUAUGAUAAGUAUUCCUAUAAUUUCAUCAUUGAUUGUAUCAUUGAUAGUUACAUGGACGAGUAUAUCCGGUUAA